CUCCUCCCUGAGAGCUUACCUGCAACAUUGGAUAUGCAUACCUUGGGGGAGAAGAUGGGAAAAUAUUCAUGUAAAUUAACUAAAACGUUCUAAAGCUUGCAUUUACAGGUACGACAGGCCUACCGGGAAGACAAAACCCAGCCUAGAGGUGACUACCCCACGAGUGAGCCUGGAGAUUUUGUCCUGAUCAAGAAUUGGGAUCCAGGGAAACUCAGGCCUCGGUGGAGAGGACCACACUCACCAUGACUGAUUCUGAAUAUUUCACAACAACCAAGAAAGGAGAAAUCUUUGAACUCAAAGCAGAACUCAACAGUGACAAGCAGGAGAAAAAGAAAGAAGCAGUGAAAGAAAGUGAUUACAUCAAUUACCGGUGGCAAAAAUGUCAGUGCCCUCUUUCCUGAUGUCGUAAACUCUAUGCAGACAAGACAAUUUGGAGUUGAAGAAGCUGGUGUACCUCUGUCUAAUGAACUAUGCAAACAGCCAACCAGAUAUGGCAAUUAUGGCUGUCAACACUUUUGUUAAGGACUGUGGAGAUCCCAAUCCAUUUAUCGGAGUGCUAGCCGUGAGAACAACAGGCUGCACCCGUGUGCAUAAAAUUACUGAGUAUUUGUGUGAGCCCCUGCGGAAAAUGUCUAAACGAUGAAGAUCCUUAUGUACGAAAAACUGCUGCUGUCUGUGAAGCCACGCUACAUGACAUCAAUGCACAGCUGGUAGAAGAUCAGGGAUUUCUGGACACUCUAAAGGAUCUGAUAUCUGACUCUAAUCCAAUGGUCGUUGCAAAUGCUGUGGCUGCUCUGUUGGAGAUCGCAGAACCUCAUCCAAACAGUAACUUGUUAAAUCUCAAUUUUCAGACAAUCAACAAGCUUUUAACAGGCUUAAAUGAAUGUACUGAAUGGGGCCAGAUAUUUAUCCUUGAUUGUUUGGCCAAUUGUAGCCCAAAGGAUGACCGAGAAACUCAAGGCAUCUGUGAGCCUGUGACGCCACGUUUAUCUCACGCCAACUCAGCUGUUGGCCUGUUGCCUGUAAAGGUUCUGAUGAAAUUCAUGGAAAUGCUUUCAAAGGACUUGGAUUACUAUGGCACUUUGUUGAAGAAACUGGCUCCCCCACUGGUAACGCUGUUGUCUGCAGAACCAGAACUCCAAUACGUUGCCCUCCGGAACAUCAACCUCAUUGUACAGAAAAGUUCUGAGAUUCUUAAGCACAAAAUGAAGGUUUUCUUUGUAAAGAUAUAUGUGAAACUGGAAAAACUGGAUAUUGUGAUUCGACUGGCUUCUCAAGCCAACAUUGCACAGGUUUUGGCAGAAUUGAAGGAGUAUGCCACUGAAGUAGAUGUUGACUUUGUAUAAAAAGCUGUGCGUGCAAUUGGAUGAUGUGCAAUCAAAGUUGAGCAAUGAGCAGAAUGCUGCGUGAGUACGCUACUUGACCUCAUUCAGACAAAACUACGUCGUUCAAGAAGCUAUUGUAGUAAUAAAGGACAUUUUCUGUAAAUACCCAAACAAGUAUGAAAGUGUUAUUGCAACACUUUGUGAAAAUCUGGACUCACUGGAUGAACCAGAAGCAAGAGCAGCGAUGAUACGGAUAGUUGGAGAGUAUGUCGAAAGAACUGACAAUGCUGAUGAGCUAUUAGAGAGCUUCCUGGAAGAAUUCCAUGAAGAGAGCACAUGGGUUCAACUUUUGACUGCUAUUGUGAAACUAUUUUUUUUUUUAAAAAUGACUGAGACACAAGAGCUGGUGCAGCAAGUUCUAAGCUUAGCGACACAGGAUUCUGACAACCUUGACUUGAAAGACUGUGGCUAUAUAUACUGGCGUCUACGUUCUAGAGAUCCAGUGGCAGCAAAAGAAGUUGUAUUGGCAGAUAAACCUCUAAUUGCAGAAGAAACUGAUCUUAUUGAGCCAAUGCUCCCUGAAGAAUUAAUCUUCCAUAUUGGAACAUUGGCCCCUGUGUACCAUAAGCCACCCAGUGCAUUUGUGGAGGGGCACUCUUGGAGGAUACAUCGAACAGACUGCAAAAGUGAUACUGAAGGAACUGAGCAGAAGGACUCUCUUGGAUUAAAGGAAAAUGUGUUGAUUGAUAGUGGUGUUUAUGCAUGUCAGAAGUCUGAUUGUAUUAACUUUGAUUAUUAUCUGUACCCUAUGUGCUUGUGGCCAUGUAUUGUAUCAUGUUGUAGAAG